CUCCCCUGUCUGGGUAGGGAGCCAGACCCGAUGACCCAGGUGCAGCGUACACGACAGACAACAGUGAUUGUCGGUUCAUCUAACACCUUAUAAUUUGGUUUUCCAUGAGACACAGGAACAGAAUUGUGCCUUUGACCCAUUGAGUCUGCUUCAGGAUUGAUCUAUUCUCCCUCUCAACCCCAAUCUCCAUAACCUUUCACACCCUGACUAAACAUAUCCAAUUCCACAGAUCCGCAAAGAUUCAUUAUCCUCUCCUGAUACGGAUGGCCCCGCACUCACACUUCCAGCCCUAGAACACUCACCCCCAGACAAAAAGAAUUAUUCCCGCUGGUUCCUUGCCCCAUUCCAGUCACAAAGUCUAAUUUUGACUGUGUGCUCCUGUUAGUUUCUGGGGGAGCACUUAAAUCAACGAGGGCUAAGGACUGGGUGGGAUGGCAGGGAUGUGGAGGACCGAAUGGCCUGUUUCUGCCGUCGCUCCCCUCCUCUUCCUUCUCCCUCCGCCCUUCUCCGUGUACGGGUUCAGUUCCCGGCGCUGUCUGGAAGGUCCCCGGUUUUCUCCGGGGCCCCGGUCGGCAGGUGGAUAGUUCUUGUGAGCGGUGACACCGCCCCUGCAGUUCCUCCCGGCGCCGCUGGGGGCGCCACUGCGUGCGUACGUGACCCGAAUCCAGCCUCGUCACCGAAACUGAAACAGAACGCGGAAAUCGGGCAGAGUGGCGGAGCGGAGCGCAGCGCAACGCAGUCCGUCUGUCCUCGGAUUCAGGUGAAGUUGCUGCCGCUUCAGUACAGCUCCGAGCGGGGAGGAUGCAGUUCUUCUCGUUGCUCCGCAAGAGGAAAGAGAGUGAACAAGUCUCGUAAUCCUACCCCAUGGGAGAACGUGGACCCGACCAAACCGCAAAAGCUCAUCACUGUCAGUCAGAAGUGGGAGCCGGUGGAUGAGCUGCAGAUGGUGAAACGCUACACCAAGUGAAUUGUUCGCUGAGUCAUUGUUGUCCGAGUCGCUGAAUCCCGGUGAAGAUGCGGAGGGAUUGUUUCUCUCAGAUUGGAACCGUCAGGAACUCCCGGAGUUAUAUUAGCAGCAAAUACCUAACCACCGGUCACCACGGUGCAUAAAGUGUCUAUAUAAAUCAUUAUAUUCCCCUUAAAUGAAUUGUAUAGUUAUGAAAAAUAAAAAAAAAACUAGUUACAAUGAUGAACAGUUCUUUUG